AUGAAUAAUAAACCAAUACCGGAUGAUUUUGAAGACGUUCUUGAUGAUAUGGAUGAGGAAGAACGAAAUCAACUUGAUGUAGGUGGUAUUUAUUAUGAUGGUCAUGAACGCCCUGAUGUUGUUGAAUAUCGAAAAUCCUUUCUAGAUGAAAUCUAUAGUUAUGAGAAGUAUAUGGUGAAAUAUGAAGAGAUAAUUCUUGAUGAAUAUAUUUUUUACUCUAAUGAUGGAAAACGGGGGUGUAUGGGCGAAAUCGGAAGAAUUGCCAUUACACAAAAAAGGAAAUGGACGUUCGAUAAUGAAGCUUCAACAGGACCCCGAACAAUAUAUAUAAAGUCAGAUAUAAUUAUGCGUAGCAGAGUAUUAAAUUAUUAA